AUGAGUGUCGUCGGUAUCGAUCUCGGUGCCCAGAGCACCAAGGUUGGCGUUGCCCGCAACAAGGGUAUUGAUAUUAUUACCAAUGAAGUCUCCAACAGAUCUACACCGUCCCUGGUUGGGUUCGGUGCCAGAAGCAGACAGAUCGGUGAGGGCGCAAAGACACAAGAGAUGUCGAACCUGAAGAACACCGUUGGCAACCUCAAGCGUCUGAUCGGCCGCUCGUUCAACGACCCCGAUGUCCAGGUCGAGCAGCAGUACACCACCGCGACUCUCUGUGACGUCAAUGGACAGGCUGGUGUCGAGGUCAACUACCUCGGAAAGAAGGAGAAGUUCUCGGCCACUCAGCUCGUUGCCAUGUACCUGACCAAGAUCCGCGACAUCACCUCGAAGGAGCUGAAGCUCCCCGUCUCCGAUGUCACCAUCAGCGUCCCCGCCUGGUUUACCGAUGUCCAGCGCCGGGCCAUGAUCGAUGCCGGUGAGAUUGCCGGCCUCAAGGUUCUGAGACUCAUCAAUGACACCACCGCCACCGCUCUCGGAUACGGUAUCACCAAGCUUGACCUCCCCGGCCCCGAGGAGAAGCCCCGCCGCGUGAUGUUCAUCGACAUCGGCCACAGUGAAUACACCGCUUCCAUUGUGGAGUUCCGCAAGGGUGAGCUCAACGUCAAGGCCACUGCCUACGACCGUCACUUCGGUGGCCGUGACUUCGACAAGGCUCUCACCGAGCACUUCGCCGAUGAGUUCAAGGAGAAGUUCAAGAUCGACGUCCGCACCAACCCCAAGGCCUGGGCUCGCACGAUCGCUGCCGCCGAGAAGAUGAAGAAGGUUCUCUCCGCCAACCCCGCGGCUCCCCUGAGCAUCGAGUCCCUCAUGGAGGACGUCGACGUGCGCGCGCUCGUCAAGCGCGAGGAGCUGGAGAUCAUGGUUAAGCCCCUGCUGGACCGCGUCACCGCCCCUAUCGAGGAGGCCCUCGCCGAGGCCAAGCUCACGAUCGAUGACAUCGACUCCGUUGAGAUGGUUGGUGGCUGCACCCGUGUCCCCGCCAUCAAGGAUGCCAUUGCCGCAUUCUUCAAGAAGCCCCUGUCCUUCACUCUCAACCAGGACGAGGCCAUUGCCCGUGGUUGCGCUUUCAGCUGUGCCAUCCUUUCCCCCGUCUUCCGUGUCCGUGACUUCUCCGUCCACGACAUUGUCAACUACCCCAUCGAGUUCACCUGGGAGCAGUCGGCCGAUAUCCCGGAUGAGGACACCAGUCUGACCGUCUUCAACCGCGGCAACGUCAUGCCCUCCACCAAGAUCCUGACCUUCUACCGCAAGCAGCCCUUCGAUCUCGAGGCCCGCUAUGCUAAGCCGGAGAUGCUCCCUGGCAAGAUCAACCCCUGGGUUGGUCGCUUCUCGGUCAAGGGCGUCAAGGCCGAUGCCAACGAUGACUUCAUGAUCUGCAAGCUCAAGGCGAGACUGAACCUGCACGGUAUCCUGAACGUCGAGUCUGGUUACUACGUUGAGGACGUCGAGGUGGAGGAGCCCGUCAACGAGAACGGCGAUGCCAUGGAUACCGAUGCCGCCAACGGCGACAGCGAGCAGCCCAAGAAGACCCGCAAGGUCAAGAAGCAGGUCCGCAAGGGCGACCUCCCCAUCUCCACCGGCACCACCUCGGUUGAGCAGGAUGUCAAGGAUGCUUACAUCGAGCGUGAGAACGCCAUGUACAUGGAGGACAAGCUGGUUGCCGAGACCGAUGAGAAGAAGAACGAGCUUGAGUCGACCAUCUACGAGCUCCGCGACAAGAUCGAGAGCACCUAUUCCGAGUUUGCCAGCGACGAGGAGAAGGAGAAGCUGCGGGCCAAGCUGACCGACAUGGAGGACUGGCUUUACGAGGAGGGUGAGGACACCACCAAGUCCGUCUACGUUGCCAAGCUGGACGAGAUCCGGUUCAUUUCCGGCCCCAUCAUCCAGCGGUACAAGGAGAAGGUCGAGACGGAGCGCCAGGCCGUCCUGAAGGCUCAGGAGGAGGCUCUCGCCAAGAAGCGCGCGGAGCAGGAUGCCAAGCGCAAGGCGGAAGAGGAGGCCAAGAAGGCCGCGGAGCAGAAGCCCGACGAGGAGAUGAAGGACGCCCCCGCGGGUGAGGCCGAGGGCGAGGCGAAGCAGUAA